AUGCCUACGCUCAAACCGCUACCGGAUUGUGAAGGCCCAAAGCUAGAGUGUUUCACCGAUGAUCUCUCAAAGCACGACUUGAAGUUUCUGGAAUACCUAGGCGAGGGCUGUCACUCAGUCGUUCUCAAGGCCAGGAUUGAUGGCAAAUUCUAUGUUGUCAAAUUUUUCUUCCCUACUUUCGUAAACGAGCCGACCUUCGAGAUGGCUCCUAUUGAUGAGUUUCACGUCGGGAGAGACGAGAGAGGGCUAUUGGUCGCCAGUGACAAGAUGCCCCAGCAUGUAGUCGACAGUCUACGUCUCCAUGCCACGUCCUUCAACAACGAGUGUCGCGCCUACGGUCGGCUCAAGGAGCUGGGCCUUGAGUAUCUCGCAGUCAAAGCGCAUGGCUAUCUACGCCUGAGUUUUGCUCAGUUCGACGAGUAUAUACGAGACGUGCUGGGAGACAGCCAUCCCCAAAACGAGGAGUACACACUGGAUGUGCUAGAGAUGUGUGAGGAUCAAGUCCACCUGCCCAUCAUGGCUAUCGUCAAAGAUUGGAUUCCCAACCACCGAAAGCCCACAGGCGAAAUAACACGAGAAGCGGAACAGCGACAGAUCAAUCAUCUACCGCGUAUGCUUCGCAACCUUCGCCAGCUCCACAAGUGCGGUAUCGUUGUACGGGACCUCAAGUCUCAGCAGUAUUACGAGGGCCAUCUGGGCGACUUCAGCCACGCCUGGACGAUUCCGCAUAUUUUCGGCCCUGAAGGCGGGAACCGACCGCCCUGGGCUUUUGCGAGCAUGGCAGCUUGGGACCUGAAGUGUUUCCACGACAUGGUCAAAUCAAUGAACGAGUCGGCGGACAUGGCUGAACCACCACUCAACAGAUGUAAAUCGAUUAUACCGCGAAACGAAGAGCGCUGCGAGAGUCUUCGUCCUCGUCCAAGCAGGCAGAGACCUUUCCUACCCAUGCUCGCCUACGAUUGCUCGAGCCCUGGCACCAUGGACUACUCUCCUCCUUUCGAUCCGGCACUCUUCAACUGGAGGGCUAUCCAGAAGCGAGCGACAAAGAAGUCCAUGGGCGAUAUCCCAGAGAAGCCUGCCGGUGGUGUCUCGAUGAAGCGAAAGUCCACUGCCGCCAGAAAAGCCCGACAGGCGGGGAAGGGCAACAACAAGAAGAGGAAACGAUAG